AACACGCGCUGCAGCUCGUGAGUAAGGUUUGGGAGUUUCACAUGACCCGGCGCCAACGUCAGGGCUGCUGAUUUUUUCCCCCCUUUCUCCCUGUGCCUCCCCUCCCCCACUGGCAGCUUCCUUUCAUUGCAGACUGUUUUUGUCUGCACGUGAACAACUGCUUUUGUAAAGGCAGGCACUGUGGAUUGAAGGGCCGGUAACUGCGGCUGUUGGCUGCCAUGGCUUUCUGAUGGCAUGUUCCUGGAAAAGUGCACUAGUGUCACAGCCUGCGGCAGAGCAGCAGGAGGAGGGAGGGAGGCUACUGUAAGCUGCUGAGGAUGGGACUUUACUAAGCUGUGUAUGUAUAGGCUUUGAAACCCAACCGGUGUCUUGCUGAGAGAGGAUGUUACUGGGAGAUGGGAUGUGCCAGAGCUUCGCGGCUUGUUACACUGGAAAACAGAGCGGAAGGAUUGGAUUUGGGUCUUAAAAGGGAUGUAUAUGAAUUAAAAUCUGUCCGUUAGGCCACGGGCCUGCAGCGGAUGGGUCUUUUACUUAUUGGAUUAAGUGUAAUAGGACUUCUUAUUAUAUAUGGUCGUUAGAGCUACUCCUGGGGCUGGCAAAAAAUAAGAUGACAGAAGGACGUCGAUGUCAGGUACAUCUCCUGGAUGACAGGAAGCUGGAACUUCUUGUACAGCCUAAACUUUUGGCUAAAGAGCUGCUAGACCUGGUUGCAUCUCACUUCAACUUGAAAGAGAAAGAAUAUUUUGGAAUAGCAUUCAUAGAUGAAACGUGCCACUAUAGCUGGCUGCAGUUGGACCGCAGAGUAUUAGAACAUGAAUUCCCCAAGAAGUCUGGACCAAUCGUGUUGUACUUUUGUGUCAGGUUCUACAUUGAAAGUAUAGCGUACCUGAAGGACAAUGCAACAAUAGAGCUGUUUUUUCUUAAUGCCAAAUGCUGUAUUUACAAAGAAUUGAUUGAACUUGACAGUGAAGUAGUAUUCGAGUUGGCUGCACACAUUUUGCAGGAGGCAAAGGGAGACUUUGUCAGUGUUGAAACUGCCCGGAGUGACUUAAAGAAGUUGCCUGCACUUCCUACACAAGUACUAAAGGAACAUCCUUCCCUUGCCUACUGUGAAGACAGAGUGAUAGAAUACUAUAAGAAGCUCAGCAGUCAAACACGAGGUCAAGCCAUUGUAAAUUAUAUGAGCAUCGCAGAAUCCCUCCCAACAUAUGGAGUACAUUAUUAUGCAGUAAAGGACAAACAAGGCAUCCCUUGGUGGCUAGGACUAAGUUACAAAGGAAUUUUUCAAUAUGAUUAUCACGAUAAAGUAAAACCUAGGAAAGUUUUUCAAUGGCGGCAACUCGAAAACCUUUAUUUCAGAGAAAAGAAGUUUUCUGUGGAAGUUCAUGACCCUCGCAGGGCAUCUGUAAGCAGGAGGACAUUUGGACACAGUGGAAUUGCAGUGCAUACAUGGUAUGCCUCUCCAGCACUAAUUAAGUCCAUUUGGGCUAUGGCCAUCAGCCAGCACCAGUUCUACCUGGAUAGAAAGCAAAGCAAGUCAAAAAUCCAUGCUGCAAGAAGUCUGAGUGAGAUUGCCAUUGACCUGACUGAAACUGGAACAUUAAAAACCUCUAAACUGGCCAACAUGGGGAGCAAAGGCAAGAUAAUCAGUGGUAGCAGUGGAAGCCUGUUGUCCUCAGGCUCCCAAGAAUCAGACAGCUCUCAGUCUGCAAAAAAGGACAUGUUAGUUGCACUGAAGUCAAGACAGGAAGCUCUGGAAGAUACACUCCGGCAGCGACUUGAUGAGUUAAAAAAGCUGUGCCUUCGUGAAGCAGAGCUGACAGGAAAACUGCCAAAGGAGUAUCCCUUAGACCCUGGAGAGCAGCCGCCUACUGUGAGAAGAAGAAUAGGUACUUCCUUUAAACUGGAUGAGCAAAAACUCUUACUCAAGGGAGAGGAAGCUGAGUUGGAACGGCUGGAGAGAGAGUUCGCAAUUCAGUCACAGAUCACCGAAGCAGCUCGCCGUCUCGCCAGUGAUCCCAAUGUUAGUAAAAAGCUAAAAAAGCAAAGGAAAACCUCUUAUCUAAAUUCACUUAAGAAACUGCAGGAAAUUGAAAAUUCAAUUAAUGAGCACCGAAUUAAGUCUGGAAAAAAGCCAACUCAACGAGCUUCUCUCAUCAUUGAAGAAAGUAAUAUUGCCAGUGAAGACAGUUCUCUUUCGGAUGCUCUUGUUCUUGAAGAUGAUGAUUCUCAGGUUACCAGCACCAUGUCACCUCUACAAUCCCCUCAUAAAGGUCUCCCUCCACGACCGCCUUCACAUUCCAGGCCAGUUCCUCCCCAGUCACUGGAAGGCCUGAGACAGAUGCAUUACCAGCGAAGUGACUAUGAUAAGUCUCCUAUUAAACCCAAAAUGUGGAGUGAGUCAUCUUUAGACGAACCUUAUGAAAAAGUUAAAAAACGUACCUCUCAUAGUCAUUCCAGCAGUCACAAGAGAUUCCCCAGUACAGGAAGUUGUGGAGAGGCAGGUGGGAGUAGCUCCUUGCACAGUAGCCCUAUCAGGAACUCCCCACACUGGAACUCUCAAUCCAGUAUGCCCUCCACGCCAGAUCUACGGGUGCGCAGUCCACACUAUGUCCAUUCCACUAGGUCAGUAGACAUCAGCCCAACUCGACUGCACAAUCUAGCACAGCACUUUAGACACAGAAGUUCUAGCCUGGAGUCCCAAGGAAAGCUACUUGGAUCCGAAAAUGAAACAGGAAGCCCUGAUUUCUACACCCCAAGGACUCGUAGCAGUAAUGGCUCUGAUCCAAUGGAUGACUGCUCAUCGUGUACUAGCCAUUCCAGCUCAGAGCACUACUACCCUGCACAAAUGAACCCCAACUAUUCCACAUUAGAAGACUCUCCAUCGAAAGCUAGAGAGCGUCAAAGACAGAGGCACAAAUCUGCAGGGAACCUUAUGUCUUCAAAUUCAGGGAGCAUGCCAAAUCUGGCAGCCAGAAAUGGAACUGGACACCAUGGUGUUUAUCUGCACAGCCAGAGUCAGCCAUCAUCUCAAUACAGGAUAAAGGAGUACCCUCUCUACAUUGACGGCAGCACAACACCGGUUGUAGUACGUAGUUUAGAGAAUGACCAAGAAGGACAUUACAGUGUAAAAGCACAGUUUAAAACUUCAAACUCUUACACAGCAGGGGGCAUGUAUAAGGAGAACUGGCAUGCAGAUGAAGUGGACUCCAUAAGACUGACCCCCUCACGCUCUCAAAUUGUAAGGACUCCCUCACUUGGGAGAGAGGGCCAUGAUAGGAGCACAAACAGGACUGCUGUAUCUGUUGAGCUCCGGUCAUGGUAUCAGCGUUCUUCAUCUUCUCACAAAGAGCACAACAGACUUUCUCACACCAGCUCAAACUCAUCAGAUAGCAGCUCUCAAUACAGCACAUCUCAAAGCACCUAUGUAGCACACAGCAGGGUAACAAGAAUGCCUCAGAUGUCAAAAGCAACAUCAGCUGCCUCACCUCAUAGUCAGAGGAGUUCAACACCAUCUAGUGAGCCAACAGCCACACCAGCAGGCAGUCCCCACCACAUCCUGGCAUGGCAGACUGGGAGCUACAGGGAUAGUUAUGUGGACUCUCCCCUUUACCCAGAGCUGGCAGAUGUCCAGUGGUAUGGACAGGAGAAAGCCAAACCUGGGACUCUAGUCUGACCUCAGCUCCAGUUAUAAGAACAUUGCCACUUGGAGAUCGAUGCCUCAUUGUCUUUUCUUUUGUUUGCCUUACCUGGAAGUACAGUCACCCUGCACCAGCUUCAGCUCCAAGCACUUUCCAGAUGAUGCAGCGUGAAAGGUUUCUGCAGAUUGCCACUGCAGUGUCCAGGCAUCAGUGCAUGUAGCAGCCAUGUGGCCUGGGAACAUCUGUAGAUGUCAUCCAACCCUUAUGGCAGUAGCAGCAAUGAGCAUAGAAAGCAGCUUUGGUUGCAGCCAAACAUUAGAAAGAAUGUGCCCUGUCUAGUAAAUUAUAUCCACAGAUACAUGUGCUACAUUUAAGAAAAGAUAAAUGCAGACAUCAGCAGCUUGUGGCCCAUUUCUCAUUUUUUCAGAUUGUCUGCUCUUUGAGGCCACAAGAGUCCAUGCAGUACCACUCUUAUCUUACCACUAUUUUGAGCUACAUGUUCUGUGGUUGAAAGUAUGCCUAAUGGAAGCUUUUUUUUCUAGCAGAAGUUGGUUGACCCUGGAAAGGUACAUAUUUUUUUCCUGACAUAUAGGAGCAACUUAUUCCACAUGACCAAAGAGUGAGAGCAGAAAAAAGAGAGGUUGGAGUUGAUCACAUUGUUCUUGGUAGCUGCAGACUAGAUUUAUUAAUUCUUGUUAAGGAUGCAGCAGUCUUUACCUGCUACUAAUGUAUGCUGCUUACUUCAGCUAGCAGUAAGAUACAAUGGGAGUGAAAAACUAGCAUUUAUGUAAUGUAUUUUCCAUCAUGUGUAAUAUGCAUUGUACUAAAACACAGCCAACUGAUUUCAGGACAUAGAAGCAGAGUACGUAAUUGGCAUUCUGGAUCUUGACAAGACUGAUAAGUGACCAGGUCUUCUCAGGGUCCUACUUAAAGUUAACCAGCUAAUGUAUGGACAUAAAAAAAGUCCAUGGUAAUAUCUUGUACAUCUUUUCAUUGUGAAUGAUCCCUCCCAAAUAUACCCUACUAGUCUACAGGCAUUGCAAGUUCUCAAAGCACUUCCGUAGGCUUAACUUAAUUUCCAUGUUGUUGUACAGGGAAACUAUCAGUAAAGCACACAAUCUGUCCCACAGACUGUCUGUAUUUGCAUAUGCUAUGGUCACAUGUUAAAAUCGCCAAAGCAAAGAUAUCUUCACACACCAAGAGUUGCACACAAUUUUUUAAGUUGUCAUAUUAACACAAUGUGAGCAGAAACUGUAUUUCUGCAAUCUUUGAGUCAUAGGACCAUUACUGUUGCAUAUCUGCUUAAAACAUGUUUGAGUAAGGGGGUAAUGGGCUUAAAUCCCUUUCUCCUGCCAUCUUUGUAGUCAUGUAUCUGGCCAAGGUUUCAUUUAGUUUGUAGAGCCAAGCUAUUGCAUAAUCUGUGCCCCAUUGUUGUGUAAAUCUUGAUAUAAGAAAUAUAUUUUUCUAUUGUUUAAUAAAGUGGUAUGGUUAAGUGGGUACAAGGCCCAUUGUCAGAGGUGUCCUGGAAACUCUAGGAGGAUAGAGUGACUAUCUCAAAUCACUCAUUAUGCUAAUGUAAGACUCAGAUGUGCUGAAUUUACAAGACUUGUUCAUGAUCGUAGACACAUUUCUGCAUUCUUUUCAGUUAGAGUCCCUUAAAGCUUGAGCUUUAUAGAUUUUGCACUCCGCCCGCCCCCAUUAGUUGAGAGCGGGGGGUUCUGGCUUUUAUAGUAAGAUUAAAAGCUGGAGUGAUUGUAGUGCAUCAGAAUUAUUGUUGGUGUUCUAGACUGCCAUCGUGAGUUACAUUUUCCUGCUGCUUCCCCCUGCCUCCAGCAUUGCAUUCGAGUGUGUGCUGUCACAGUCUGGUCACAUCACACAGACAGUCUGAUUUGAUUCAUUUUAUUAAUUCAGCUUUUUUACCACACUUUAAGCAGCACAGAAUGUUAUUUUUAUUCAUCACUGGCAAUUUUCUUCCUUCAGCAAGAAGUUUCUUGUUGAAAAGAAUAAAUGAGGCUGCAGUGGGAAAUAAGAGACUGAGAUGGUGAGAACAAGCUUUGAAAGCACUAAAAGCCCGCUUUGUGUGUGGUCUGUCAGUAACAAAAGGUCAUGGCAAACCAAGAAAGACUGAAGAACAAGUAAACUUUAAUCUUUCCUUUGUUAAUUAUUUAGUGGGUAUAGCUGCAUCCACAAAAAAUGCAGUUUCUUUUUCUGAUGUCUUUAGUUCAUGAUCAUGAUUUACAGGCAAAUGCCAUUUGCCUUAUUUCAUAAGUAAGAUAAAUUUUUAGGUAUUUAAAAUGUGCAAGUAGAUGUAAAGCAGGCCAUAAAUUCAGCAGCUGAUGUAAAAAGGAAGCAAAUGAUAUAGUGGGUUUCAUAUACAGCAGAAGAACACAUUGCAAGUCAAACAGGUUUUACUGUUUACAUUAUGCUGUUUGUUAUACUUAAAAGCGAGACAUAAAUGGAUAUCCUUAAUCUUUCCAGACUGUUACGAGUGGAAGACAUGAUUGCUCCACUGCCAGACUGCACAGUUUCUGCCCUUUCCUUCUUUGCUAUAAAACUUGCUUUCUACUAUAAUGAACUACAGUCCCCUUCUAACAAGUCCAGCCAAUUCCAGAAUGAACUGUCUACUCCAAGGAUUGUGAGACAGUCUUAAGGUUGCCAUGAUUAUUGUUACAGAUGAGUAAAUAAUUUUAAGUUUCUUUUCUUUUUCAUUCAGUCACUGUUAAUUUGAUUAUAACACCCCCAUUCAGGUGCUAUCAAUUACUGACCAGUUACUGCAUAGUCUGCUAGAUGUCAAGUUUUAAUAAAUGUCAGUAGUUAAUUACAUGUUGCGUACAUGAAGGAUACUAGUACAAAACUUAGGCUACUGCCUAAGAACUGACUGUAGAGCAUGUACAAUGGUUUUACUGGAUUCUGUUCAGAUGUAAUUGAUGGAAAACUAUGUAUGUUGUAGAAAAAAAAGUGCAGGUUACCAUAUCCUGCUGUUAAUUUAUUCUUUUGUAUUAAGAAUUUGUACAGUACCUAUACAUUUUGCAAAACAGUGUUGUCAACACUUCCUUAUUAAAACAUUUUCCAAAUUGAGAAAAUUUGGUGGUUCCUGAAAAUGAAAUAAAAAAGAAUAAAUUAUUACCGAAUGUUCGCAGAAAA